AUGGAAGAUCUCUUGGAUGAUCUUUUGGAUCUGGAGGAGCAAUUCUACAACGAGGGUUUCGAACUUGGUACCAAAGAUGGAGCAGAAACCGGAUAUACCGAAGGCAGUGUCUUUGCAGUGGAGAAGGGCUUCGAGAAGUUUGUCGAGAUGGGACGCUUGUAUGGCAGAGCGCUCGUCUGGGCACAGAGACUUGACUCAAAGUCCAACAAUGCCCCAGCGCAACCUGCCACGGGAGAGAUCUCGCUUGAUCCAUCUAUCUGCAAGGACAUGCCGAGUCUCCCGCCUCACAGCACACGUCUCGUCAGGAAUCUCCAUACCCUGCUUGAGCUCGUGGAUCCAGCUACUUUGGAUAUGAGCAAUACGGAAGAAGCAGUCAACGAUGUGGAUGAACGUCUCAAGGGCGCUGCCACGAAGGCGAAACUCAUCCAGCGCGCUAUGGGCGAGCGUGAGGACUCUGGCGCCCAGGCUGAGCCCAAAGAUAUGACCCCAUCUGGCGACGGAAGUGGCAGCAUUGAGGAUAUCAGCGCACUGAACAUCCGUCACUGA